AUGUCUCCCGCCAAAGGAAAAGGGAAGGAAAAAGAAAAGUCCCUGCCAUCUUCAAAUUGGCUCGCUCUGCAAAAGAAGCUCCAGUCGGGGAAGAAAGGCUCUUCCUCUUCCAAAUCUGCGUCUACACACCGUCAGGACGACGACAGAAAACGGCGGAAGCUGGGCCAUGAUGGCAGAAAUGAAUCUUCAGUUCUACGCUCCUUCAAAUCUUCCUCACGACCGGCGCGUACAGCUCCUGCAGAGGAAAGAGUCCUCCACACGGACGCGAACAAUCCCGGAGACGAUUCGCGAGGAUCACUGCAGCAGAUGGUGCUAGGGCACUUGGAGUACACCGAGCAUCAGAAAUUGCCAGGCAAGUACCUCGCCAUCGACUGCGAGAUGGUGGGCCUCGGGAUCAACGGCUCCGAGUCCUCUCUCGCGCGGGUGAGCUUGGUGAACUUCUACGGCUACGUGGUCUUGGACGAGUUCGUAAGGCAGAAAGAGCGCGUGGUGGACUACCGGACGCAGUGGAGUGGGAUCAGAGAACGCGAUUUGAUUGGCGCGAAGCCAUUCGAGGAGGUGCAGAAGAGGGUGGCGGGGCUAUUGGAUGGGAGGAUAUUGAUUGGCCAUGCGGUGCAUCACGAUCUGAAGGCGCUUCUACUAUCACAUCCGUGGUCGUUAACGAGGGAUACGCAGCUUUAUACAUACAAGCAUGGUGUGACGAAGCAGAAGCGUGUCGCACUGCGGAAUCUUGUACAGCAGGAGCUCAAAAUCACGAUCCAAUCUGGCGAGCAUUCUAGUGUAACGGAUGCUCGAGCUACGAUGGCCAUAUACCGUAUGCACAAAAAGGAGUGGGAGAAAGGGUCAAGACAGCUGCCACUUGUUACUUCGUCGAAGGCGACCUCUUCAUCUUCUACAACACCCUCCGUAUCCAAUCCUGUCGCUUCUUCCGGCAAACGAAAAGAACGAGAGGUGUCCGAGUCUGAGGACGGUUCCGAUGACGGUGCUGAAGACGAUGCUGAAGACGAGGCCGCUGAGGAGGAAGAGGUGUCGUCGAUAAAGACAUCACUGAAGAAAACCCCACAUCAUAAGCGCGUUACAUUCGUCUCAAGCACCAAAUCUCGGCAAAAGGCUCAGAAGUUUCCUGGUGGAGGGCGGAAAGGUGUCAGUUCAGGUCUGUCGACCGUCGUUCGUCGAAUCGGAGGCAGUGGCACCACCGCCAAGGCGAACAGCGGCAAGGACGUAGGCACAGUUUCAGGCGGUGCUGUCAGUGUCAAAGAGAAGGCAAAAUCGGGGUGGUGGAAGCAGCUGCCAGGUGGGGCGACGGCGAAGGGUGGUUCGAAAGGGUCUAUCACGUGUCCUGGUCAUAUCCUCACCCACGAAAGCUCGCAGAAUCCAGACGUGACGAUGAAAUCAAACGCCCAGGCGACGAUAAACGAGCUCAUUGCUGGCAGCGUUGGUGGCGCCGCGCAGGUAUUGGUUGGACAGCCCCUUGACACUAUCAAGACGAGGGCACAGAUUGCUCCUAAGGGCAUGUUCAAAGGGCCUAUGGAUAUACUGAAGCAGACGCUACGAAAUGAAGGAUUCUUCGCGUUAUACAAGGGCAUGGCUAGCCCUCUCCUCGGAAUCGCAGGCGUUAACUCGCUCUUGUUUGCAUCCUACGGCAUCUCGAAACGUAUUAUCUCACCCUACCCUCAAUUAUCCCUCAAGGAGAUUGCUAGUGCAGGUGCCAUGGCAGGAGCUGCGAAUGCUAUCCUGGCCAGUCCAGUCGAGAUGUUCAAAGUGCGGAUGCAAGGCCAAUAUGGAGCAGCGACAGAUAAGCGGCUACGAGCAGUCUUCAGUGAGAUGUGGCGGGAUUGGGGGUUCCGGAAGGGUGUUAUGCGGGGGUAUUGGGUAACAGUAGCAAGAGAAAUACCCGCCUACGCAGGCUUCUACACCGCCUUUGAGUUUUCAAAACGGUCCUUUAGCAAAACAUACGGCUCCGACCUGCCUGUAUGGGCCCUCCUGGCCAGUGGAUCAACAGGAGGAAUCGCGUAUUGGUUGUCUUGUUAUCCCCUAGAUGUCGUCAAAUCGCGCAUCCAACUGCGGCCAACACCACCAUCAGGCACACCCGUGCAGUACAUCGCGCAUGAGCUGAAGAUGAUCGUUCAGGAAUCUGGCUUUGUUGGAUUGUUCCGUGGCCUAUCUCCCUCAUUGCUUCGAAGCAUUCCUGCAGCAGCCAGCACCUUCGCAGCUUUUGAGCUGACAAGAGAAUACUUGGAGAAGGUGACAGGAGUAUAA